UUUGUGCUCUGCUGAGUUUUGGCCGUGAGAGUGAGACAGUCAGUCUAGACGCUCUUGACAGCCUCGUCUGGAGGAGAGACACUUCCCUCUGCGGCUCUAUCCUCAUCACGACGGCACAUUACAAGCUUCUCCUAAGAUGAAACUCCAGCACUCCUGAAGAAGGAUGACACCCCUAUCACAUCGGAUAGGACGGUGCCUAUGGGCAUCUGUGUCACUCACAUGCCAAGCCUGAAAAGUGGAAAGAAAGACAGUGCUAGAAGACACGUCAAACACUUCCAAGCUUUAGAGUGAAACUUUGCACAGUUGGCCAUGGCUGCAUAUCCAUGGCUUGGAGGAUAGGAUCCCUUGUUUAGCAAGCAUUUUAACAACAGUGAGUUUUUAAGGGGUCAUUUAGCUAAUCCAGCACUUCCUUUGGCUCAGAGGGUUUAUAGAGUAAUUGCCACACAUGAGCUGAACCAGAGGAUCCAAAAUGGAGGUCACACACCAAUGCUCUUUCUACCAGACUGGUUAAAGCUGCAUUCAAAAGCAUUACUGCAAGGGCAGUAUGCAGGCAGCUGACUACCCAGCCACAAAUAAUAACACAGAGUGCAAGUUCCACUGCACCAAUGGCAGAUGUCUGAAACUUCUCUCGCUGAUUUGCAAUCAUCUGAAUGAAUGUGGAGACAACAGUGAUGAGGAACACUGUCCUGCUGCUGUACCUCCACCUCCAGACACCAUCCAGUCUGAACUGGAGUUUGUUCAGAUAAUAAUCAUAAUUGUGGUGAUGACUGUAAUGGUAGUUGUAAUCAUCUGUUUGCUGAAUCACUAUCGGCUAUCGGCCUGGGCCUUCCUCACACGCCACAGCCAAGCCCGUCAACGAGAGGAGGGCAUGCAGCCGGACGCCUGUGCAUGGCCAACAGAUAGUUUGGUGACACAACAAGGAGCCACUGAGGUGAUGUAUGGGCCACGAAGCGGAGAGCGCUUCAACCCACCUUCAUUUAUGCAAAGGGAUCGAUUCAGCCGCUUCCAGCCCACCUACCCAUACCUGCAGCAGGACAUCCACUUGCCGCCCACCAUCUGCCUGUCAGACGGUGAGGAGCUGCCGCCCUACAAGGGCCCCUGUACCCUCCAGCUCAGAGACCCCGAGCAGCAGCUCGAGCUGAGCCGUGCGUCCGUGCGCGCCCCCCCGAACCGGACCAUUUUCGACAGCGACCUGAUAGACGUUUACGUGCACGGAGGCGGCCCGCGGCCCCCAAGCAGCAACUCUGGCAAGAGUGCCUCGAACUCGCACAUGGAGGGUCCGCCGCCCACCUAUAGUGAGGUGAUGGGUCAGACAUACCCAGGCUCCGCCUCCUUCCUGCACCAGCACAGCAAUAACACACCACCCUCCAACCAGAGGACAGCCAGCGGCUCCGCCCAGCCUGGCGCAAGCACAACCCUGUUCGUCAAGGAUAAGGAUAGCCGGCGUGACAAACCCAUGUGACUAGGACACACCUGCAGAGGGCAGUAGAGAGUGUGUGCCAUCACCUGUGCUCUCUGGUACUUCCUCCUGGACCUGAAGGGGAGUGGUUUUACUGUUAGUACACUCCCCUUGCACAAUUUAAAUCAAAAAUAUUGAGGAACCAAGCUUACAAAGUUUAUUUUUUGUAUUUUUUUUUUUUUUUUUGCUAGAACUUUGGGGCCUUGUAUGGAUGUUUGGGCUCCUCGGCUAAAUCUCUUUGUUCUUUUAUGCUUUCCUGUAUUUAAAGAACGCGUGUGUUGGCACAGAUUGUUUGCGUGAGAGACCACAUAGGUCAUAGGAUUGAGAAAUUUUCUAUUUGUUUGUGCAUUUCCAGGACUCGUGCACAAAAACUGUUCUCAACUAAUCAAAAUCCAAAUUGAGUGCCAUGAAAAAAUCUUAACUCUUGGGGAUGUGACUCACAACAACAACAACAACAACAACAAAAAGUCUUUAUGUUGCACUUAUUCUUUAGAAACGCCUACCCUUAGUUUCUUUUCAUACGUCAAUCCACAUGGUUCCUGUUAUUUUUUUCCUUCAUUUUCACGGUUCUCGUUUCUCGUUUUCCUGAAAUGGAGAUGUAGAACUCUGAUCCAGCCUAAGAUCUCCACACCUGAACUGCAUCAUGGCACUUAUUUAAAAAAGAGGGGGUUUAACAAGCCGUUCAGAUUCCAGAUCACUUUUUCCACCGACCAAGUGAGAGAUACUGGCAUGGAUAUCUGCGGAUGGAAGUCACGACACACACGCCACUUUCAUCCUGUCGAGUAGCACUUUAAACUUACGUCACUUCAGCAUUGUCAUGGGGUCCAAGUGCAAGGGAAUCAUGGGAACUGUAGUCUUACGCACAUCCUGUCUCCUUCUGAAUGAGUGUGUCAUAUCUCAAUUUGUUUUCACACUAAAAAAAGCAUGCAUAUUGUUUUUUUCCCAUUUAUCAAUACUAUACUUAAGUUCACGAUCGUAUAUGGAUCUCAUAUUUUAUCUCUCCUGGAAUGCUGUUUUAUUCCGAGGCAACACACUUCUAUCUGUUAUUUGUCAUCAGUUUUAUCACAAACGAAUCGUGUACCAAUCAUAACGAGGUACUUCCCGUUUUUUUAUUUUUAUUUCUUCAUUUGAAGUCGUAUUCAAUCACAUGGCACACGUUUGUAAUGCUUUCAGACAUGCAGAUUGUGUUUUUCAUCACCCCUGAGCUUUAUAAAACAUCAGUCUUUGGCCUUCCCUAGAAAGUCCCAUAGAAAACCUAUUUAUUAACUAGCUAUUUAUUAAAGUUACCAGUUUGAGAGGACAUUUAGUCAAAAUGGGAGGGAACGCCACUCCCCCCCACUAAAAUAGACUUUUAUAUGAUCUUUUUUCCCCUUAAAUAGCAAGACUCUCCUAUCGCCCAUCCGCUUUGGCUCUGAAACCUUGGCUUCCCGUCACUCAUUCUGACCACGCAGUUUGAGUUGUACUGUAUUGCUGCUGCUGCUAUGCGCUGCUACCGCUGCUGCUGUUGUCCAUUCGUUAUGUAGGCCUUCCCCAUUACUUUCUAUUUGCGUACCAACCGAGACAUAGAUAUUCAUGCUCUGUUUUGGUUGUCUUCGCUAACUUUAGCGCGUUUCCACUGGCAUAGUCGUGCUAGGAAAAGAACCCAAAUGUAUUUUUUUCCAUUUGCAGCCGAAAGGUUUGCAUGUUACUAUUUACAUGAGCAUAUCCGGUGCCUAACAGUCAUGUUUAAGCAGACAUAGAAACCCACUUGCACUCAAAAGUCCCCACCUUUGUUGUGCCUCACUUCCUAUGGUGCUUCUUUCAGUAGUCGGACUCUGUUUAUUUGUACGGUGCUGUAUAUAACUUGAAUAUAUUAUGCACAUAUCCUACCCAAUGGGUAGAAAACCACAAGAAAGCAUUGUUAAUACUGUAAUAUAAUGUAUAGAUAAUAUUAAAAAGAAAACUUUAACAUGGUGGCAUCAAGUUUUGUGAAUGCCUUCAAUUGUGCUUUGUCUUUUUUGUAUAACAGAGCAAAGAGAAAUGCUACAUUAUAGGGUCACAGAAAUACAAAAAGACUUAUAUAAAUAUAUUUUUUUCCUAUACAGUAAAUGCAAAUCUGUUAUGUGAUGAAACAAAUAUUCUGAUUCUAAGGCAGUUAGCCUAUAUAAAGGAUAACUAGCUGCUGCUUUUGUAACUUCCAGAGAGAAUUAUAAAUGCCAGCGCUUGUCAUUUUAUUUAUUGGAUUUUGUGACUGCUAGCUGUUGUGUAAAAACCACGCAGAAUAAUAAAGUCAUUGCAAGGAAACGGAACGGAUUGUCGAUUUCUGGGCUCCCACGCGGCCUUUAGUCACGUGGUUCAUAUCAAAUAGCUCAGGGUGAGGCUUUUUCGGUUAACAUUCUGUUGUUUUUAUGCGCAUAAUUGAGUUGUGUGGUAUUUAAAUAAGCAUCAAAUGAGGAGAAUCCAGCCCAUAGCUGAUCCUUACUGCAUGUUCACGUUGUCAUUUUCCUCUGCAUAGCAGUCUGGUUCCGAGGCUCCUCUCCAGAAACACGGAUCCGCGAGCGAGUGACUGAAAACUUGUGUUGGUGAGAGACUUCAGCGUUCCGUUACAAGGAUCUGGAUUUUCCCGCCAAUCCACAGCAACGUUCUCCAUCGGCCUUGAGCGACAUCCCAUCCAAGGACUGUAUGACCUAUUGUGGACUACAAAGUUUUUUGUUGUUGUUGUUGUUGUUUUUUACAAGAAGUGAGCGAGGAACGCUGCUGUCAUUACGCCUUUUUAUUUUAUUUCUAUUGUUCUAUUUAAUUGUGACGUCAGCGGUUUUCAGUUUGAGGUCUGUUAAUUGCAAUACUUUUACAGGAAAAAAGGUGACUUAAAAACCAACUGAAAAAAAAUCAUAAAAAAUAAAUUCAAGGGAAAAAAAAGACACUGUUGUAGUCCCUCAUGAAACGAUUCCACGCUUGUUCUUUCGCUGUCAUCAAAUGGCUAGAGAGAGCAAUUAAAGUUGAGGAAAACAA